CUCCAUGUUGAUCACUUACAGACAGAUUUCUAACUGGAAGGAUGAUCCAUUAUUUCCACUCUCUGCCUUUGUGGUGAGCUCUAAACUCAGACUUGAUCCCUGCUGAAAGAAGAUUUGGGCUACAUUUGAAACUGAACUAGACCAUGGUGCGCAAUGUGGAUGACCUGGACUUCAGCCUGUCCUCCCAUCCUCAGAGCAUCCUGGAGGGCUUGCGUUCCCUCUGCUCUCAGCCCAAACUUGUCGAUGUUACUCUGAGUGCAGGCGGCAGGGACUUCCCCUGUCACCGCAGCGUGCUGGCCCUGUGCAGCACAUACUUCCACUGCAUGUUCUCAGGGGACUUUGUGGAAAGCAUAGCUGCUCGUGUGGAGCUUCAGGAUGUUGAUCCUGAUAUACUCAGCAGUUUGUUGGACUUUGCCUACACAGGCAAAUUGACCAUUAACCAGAGCAAUGUGGAGGGCCUGAUUUGCACCUCCAGCCAGCUGCAGUUUCAGACAGUGAGAGGCGUGUGCAGCAGAUACCUGCAGAACCAGAUUGAUGCAACAAAUUGCCUUGGUAUUCUAGAGUUUGGAGCUAUCCACGGCUGCCCCGAGGUGAUGGCCAAAGCAUGGGCCUUCCUCUUGGAGAACUUUGAUUCAGUCCAACAAGGUGAAGAAUUUCUGCUGUUGGAAAAGGACAGAUUAGUUGCCUGUCUGUCAGAUGAAGGUCUACAAAUCCGUUCAGAGUGCAACCGAGUGGAGGCCAUCUUGAAAUGGGUCAGGCACCUUACAGAGUCUCGGCUCUGCCACCUCCAUGAACUCCUUGGCCUGUCCCGUCUCUCUCUGCUCAGCCCUGAAUACCUGUCGGACACCCUACUGAAGGACAGUCUGGUGCAGGCCUCUCCAAGCUGCAGAGAAGCUGUGGAGAAAAUUCACAGAGAGAAAAUGGAGACAUCACCAGAAUUCAUGGACAGACUCAACGCUCAGAGUCCACAACCAAACCUGCAAGAGGUGCUGUUUGUGAUGGGGGGUCGUUCACUGGAUGACUCGGAUGAAGAUUCAGAUGAAGAUGAGGAAAGAGACCCAAGACUGCAAAGACUGCUGCUCAGGAACUGUGCCUUCUACAACAUCAAGACGAAACAGUGGCAUGAGCUCCCAAACUUCCCCAACCCUAACAAAUGGGGGUACUCCAUGGUCUCCCUGAACAAUGAUGUGUAUGUAACAGGGGGCUCACGGGGUUCAAAUACAAACACCUGGUCGACCACAGAGACCUGGAAGUACAUCACAAGAGAGGGAAAGUGGGUUACUGUGGCACCCAUGCUCAGGCCUCGGACUAACCACACAUCGGCAACACUCAACGGGGAGAUUUACGUCAUCGGAGGUACAACAGCAGAUCGUGUUGAAGUUGAGCAUUACGACCCUUACAGUGACACCUGGGCUUUGACGUGCCCUGCACUGAAAUACGUGACAAACUUCACAGCUACGGCCUGUCAUGGGAAGCUCUAUGUGAUUGGCUCAUGUGCUGUAAAGUACAAUGCUCUGACCAUGCAGUGUUACAAUCCUGUUAUAGAUAGCUGGAGCAGCAUAUGUUCACCCUUUAUCCCCAAGUAUUUGUCGUCACCCCGUUCUGUCUGUGUGGAUGGAACUAUAUAUCUGGUUGCUGACAACACAAAGAAAGUCUACGCUUAUGAUCCAGAGGUCAACAUGUGGCAGAAGGUCCAGCUUCUCCACAUGCUCCAUGAGAAUGGGGGCUUGGUAACAUUAGAUGGCAAGCUGUUUGUCACUGGAGGCCAUUGGAUAGGUAUGGAGGGGGACUAUGGGGUAGAAGUGGAGAUUUACAACCGAACAGCCAACACCUGGGAGGUGGAGUGCUUCCUGCCAAGACUUUGGUUUUACAGCGGAGUCUGCACCAUCUUCCUUGAUCCAUCCCAGUGGCCUGAGCUCUUCCCCAUAGAUUCAACAUAAACGCCUCAUGUACUGACAGGACAGCACUCAGGGUCAAAGAGUUCACAGAGAUGUGUUGCAUCAUACAGAUGUUACUAUGCAACUGGCAUGUUUAUCCCAGGAUGUCAUUGUGUCCUAUAAUAGUGUGUUAUACGAUCAUCGGGUUGUUUUUAGAGCUUUGCUUGGCUGAUGUUAAGUUUAUUUAUACAUUGUAUCAUGCGUGGGAAAAUAAUAUCUUCUUUGUUUUCUCUCACCUUUGAUUAAGUCAGUCCCCCAGUUACAACCAACUCUGUGCUCAACCUCCUGCUUUAUUCCCUUUCUGAUGGAUUAUCUCAUCUUCAUAUUGUUUUCUUUCUUUUGUUUUGUUAUGCAUCUUUGGGUAUUAAGAAAAGUGCUGAAGGCCUUUGAGUCCAGUGUAUUAUUAUUUUUAUUUGUAUUAUUAUUACAACAGGUUUUGAGCUUCCCUACCUGAGAUUAAGCUACUUUAGGAUAAAGACUUCAGUGUGAAUGGGUCAAUGAAUGGUGCUUGUGAUAGACUAUGAAAUCUUUGCAGAAACUGUAGUUUUGAUUGUGAUGAUUAUGAGGAUUAUUCACAUUAGUAUUGGUUGCAUAGGAUAAUAAAUGUUUGCAACUAGAAGUGCCUAAAUUAUUAAUUAAAUGUGUUCUUAAUAAAACAAUCAUCUGUAGAAUUAACAGCGUUCAGUGUGACUUCAGU